UUCAAUGGAACCAGUGCAUAUCGUGAUGUUUCCAACGUGUUUGUAAAUUAUAACUCUAUCUCUCUAAAUAUAAGUUUCAAAUUAGAUAACAGUGUUAAAGUGUUUCUGACUAUGAAAUUAUUUAUAUUCUUGUGUCUCGUAAUUGGAAGCGAACAGAAAUCUACACCAGAGGAUAGCAGCUAUGUCGCUGCUGUGGUUGAGUUUGAAGUCUUUGCCAACACGGAUACAAAUGUUCAAAAUUAUGUUCAAUUGAUAAAAGAUGCAGCUGCACAGAAUGCCGACAUCAUAGUAUUUCCGGAAAUGACGUUGAAUAGAAGACAAAGUCAAAGCAUAUCUGUCCCAAUAUAUGGUUUGCUAAAGGAGUACCCCAUUCCUGCUAUAAACCCAGAUUUGUACAAUGAUAUAUUAGUCACAUUAUCUUCAGCGGCCCGUGAAAAUGCGAUCUACGUAGUAAUAAAUAUCCAGGAGGUAAUGAACUGCGAGGACGCCCCGGGUGAAGAGUGCCCUGAGAAGAAAACGUACUAUUUCAAUACAAAUGUAGUACUCAACAGAGAGGGAGCAGUUAUUGAUAGAUACCGUAAGAUUAAUUUGUUCGGAGAAUACACACGCACGCCAGCACUGAAGCCUGACUUGGGAGACUUUACAACGGACUUCGGAGUUCGAUUUGGCCACUUCAUCUGUUUCGACCUGAUGUUCCAGAUCCCAGCUAUUCAGACGCCUCAAAAACUGAACAUUACGAAUAUUAUAUUCCCAACUAUGUGGUUCUCAGAAAUGCCAUAUCUUACAGCGGUCGAAAUUCAACAGGGUUACGCUGCGCAGAUGAAUGUAAAUUUCCUCGCAGCUGGUGCAAACAACGUUAGAGUCGGAAGCACAGGAUCAGGCAUCUACUCUGGUAAGGCAGGAGCCCUUAUAAGCCUCAUGGCAGGAGCUCCUACCACACGUUUAAUGGUUGCGAGAGUUCCAAAAGUUCCUGGACAGGUAACAGAGUCCUACCCUGGGCCGAUAUAUGACGACCCAUCAACACAUGACAAUCUCUUCCUUAAGAGCGAUCCAUCCUUAUCGGCUCACACAAGCCAGCUACUAGUACCAGGGUACCAAUCUUUCGUACUGUCAAGUGGGGAAACAAUUUGCAAUUUCAGAGUCAAUUUAACUCAAACGAAUGAUACGUUAUACAAAUAUCGAGCUGGUGUCUUAGGUGGUGUCCGAACAUUCGAUGGUGUUGCGAGCGGCGGGUCUAUGUCCUGCUGUAUUUUUGCAUGCACUGGAGACACUAUAGACACUUGCGCGAAAAGGUUCGAUAAAUACACACCAAACUCGCUGGCGACAUUCGAAGAGUUGAGUAUCUUCGCGUUCCUUACACCCCCGAAGCGUAACGAAGAACUGCAAGUCGACAACAUUGCUUACUUCCCAGUAUCUUUACAACCGACCUUGUUACCACUAGAAGUUAAUGAUUAUUCUUUAGAAAUCACGUCACUCUUUGGAGUAGUGGACAUUUAUAAUUAUACUCUUCUGAGAAAGGAUAUUGCGUUGUAUUCUUUCGGUAUUUUUGGAAGGGCCUUUGAAAAGGACGACCAAGAACCGUCACCUCCAUGGGUGGAGGAGGAGGCUGCUACUCCAUCACCGGAUGACGAUGCCGUCCCAGGAUCAGCAACAACUUUGCAUACAGUAUACUUGUUAGUCGUUUUUAUAUUUGCGGUUGCCAUUGUGUAAUGUAAUACAUAUUAACUAUACUACUAUAUGAUAUAUUUGUCAAUAAGCUAAAAUUUGUUUUAAUAUAUUUUAGUUAAAUAAAUCCCGCCGGACGCAUUUAUCUAUU